GCGAGAACAGGCUCCCUCUCGCGAGAUCAGGCGUUCCCCCAGCUAGCCAGGUCAGAGGCGAGGCGGACGCGUGGUGUCUGCGAGGCGGCGGUGGCAGUGUAUGUAUUAUCUAAUUGGAAGUUGCAUGUGGAGCAGCGAUGGAAUACAUGAAGGAGCCUGCAACUGUCAGCCAGGGGCAUAUCCUGUGCUGCCAGUGUGGAAUUGCAAUCCCACCAAACCCAGCCAACAUGUGUGUAGCAUGUCUACGGACGCAGGUGGAUAUCACUGAAGGAAUCCCUAAACAAGUCACUGUUCAUUUCUGCAAACAGUGUGAAAGGUAUCUUCAGCCCCCAGGAACAUGGGUGCAGUGUGCCUUGGAAUCAAGAGAACUAUUAACAUUAUGCCUUAAAAAGAUUAAAGCUUCACUCAGUAAGGUACGGUUGAUUGAUGCAGGGUUUGUGUGGACUGAACCACACUCCAAAAGACUUAAAGUAAAAUUGACUGUACAAAAAGAGGUAAUGAAUGGUGCAAUUCUUCAGCAAGUCUUUAUAGUGGAGUAUAUUGUUCAGUCUCAGAUGUGUGAUGACUGCCAUCGAGUUGAAGCUAAAGACUUUUGGAAAGCAGUGGUUCAAAUUAGACAAAAGACUCUGCAUAAAAAGACUUUCUUUUACUUGGAACAAUUGAUUUUGAAACAUAGACUUCACCAGAACACUCUUCGUAUCAAAGAGAUUCACGAUGGUCUGGAUUUCUACUAUUCUUCAAAGCAACAUGCUCAAAAGAUGGUGGACUUUCUGCAAUGUACAGUACCUUUUGCAGAAAUUGAUGGAAACACUUACUGGCGUCAUCCUUUUAACAGUUUAUUCCAGCCAAAGCAGCUGGAGGAAUUUAUUGUCAUGGAUAUCAGCAGAAUCCGUGAAAGAAAACAAAGUGCUGGCGCAGGCAUGCUAUCCACCAGACAUACACUUGCUGAAGCCUGGGUUCAGAAGACAUCAGAGCUGAAUACAGACCAUCAGUAUUUCUGUCGCACUCACUUGGGACAUCUUCUGAAUCCUGGAGAUCUAGUACUGGGAUUUGACUUGGUCAAUUGCAAUUUGAAUGAUGAAUUUGCAAAUAAGAUGAAUCCCCAAAACAUUCCUGAUGUGAUUCUGAUUAAAAAGAGCUAUGACCGCACUAAACGUCAGCGUCGCAGGAACUGGAAACUGAAAGAAUUAGAAAGAGACCGAGAAGGCAUGGAUACAGAUGAUGAAAGACAAUACCAGGAUUUCUUAGAAGAUCUAGAAGAAGAUGAAACAAUUAGAAAAAAUGUCAAUAUUUAUAAAAAUUCAGUCAUUCCAGUGGAAAGUGACACGGAUGAUGAAGGUAUUCCUCGAAUUAGCCUUGCUGAAAUGUUGGAGGAUCUCCAGAUAUCUCAAGAUGCUACUGGUGGAGAGGGUGCUGAUAUGCUGACAGAAUAAUAAGUGAUAGGUAGUACAAAUGUGAAUACUUUUUUCUCUUAAGGAAAAAGUAGUAACUACAAAAUCUAUUACAGAUUUCAAUCAUACAAUCAACAUGCAAUAUUUUACAAAUCUUUGACAUUAAAUCCUCAUAGAAAGUAUAAUUAAUGGCUAAUAUAUAAUCAUAUUUGAAGGGUUUUUUUUUUUAGCAUAAUUGGGUAAGGAUGCUGAAAGGCUUAGAUGUUCCUCUUGACUUCAUUGCUAGUACUUUCCUGUUCCCAAGGUUCUGGUUGCCAAACAAUUUCUUUGUGUGUCAUUAUCACAGCAGUCCUAAUGAAGCAAGUCAGUUUUUCUUGGGUGCAAUUUAAGCUAAGUCAAUUGCUUCCUUGAUCUGGAGAAACAUUUCUAACAUGUGUAACCUAAGUAUCAUGGAGGGAGUUGAUCUGUAUAUAAAAAAGAAUGUGCUAUUGAUCAGUUGAUUCUGUUGAAAUAAAUGUCACUUGAAGCAGCUGGAGCUUCUAUAUUUGGAGAAUGUUGCAAGAUUGUAAGACACUUUUCAAAAUCAGCCCAUGAAUAUAGUUGAAGACAACUAUAAGCGGACAACAGUGAGGAAAUCGUCAUGUACAUGCUGUCACAUUACCUUUGGCUGUCUGUCAUAUUGAAUAGAGCAUCUGCCAAAGAAAUGUCUGUUUGCCUCCUAGAAGGGCCUAUAACAUAGUUGCUGAAUAGCUGGAAAGCUAUUUACUACGUUUAAUGCAGAAAGUACCAUGAAAGAAAAAUUAUGCUGAGGAUGCUGAAUAUUUUUGGCAGAGCUGUGCAUUAGUGAUGGCUCUUGACAGUCUGGUGUUAAGUGUAUAUUUCAUAUUGUAAGUUACAGUUAGAAUAAAGAGCAACUCAAUGUGCCAUAAAAUUGUUUCAAAUCCAUGCUGUUAGAAACAUUAAUUUUAAUCAUUUUAUCCAACAUUGUUUUUUAAUAAAGCGCCUCCUUGCCAGAGCUGUGAUACAGUCUUUCAUCUUUCCUUGUAAUAAGAAUGAAAUCCCUCUUUCCCACCAUUAUAUAGUUCAUCAUUUUGAUUUAAUAAUUAUAUUCUUUACAGCAGGUGUGGUCAGAUUCAGCUGCUCCAGAGACCAAUGCUGUGGAGCCAUGCAAGGGUUGCAUGGACUGGCCACAGUGCAAAAGGGGAGGGGAUAAAACCAGAAGUGGCCAAAAGUCCAUUUCUAGUUUUGACAACCAGUAUUUUAUUCUAUUUAAAAAGACAGGGGUGUGGGAAGUGGCUUUGGCCUCUUUAGACAAUGAAUCAUCUCUCCUGAGGACCUUUGCCAGAAAAAGUAGAGCUUGAGAAGUUGGAAGAUAUUGAGGAGUUAGAAAUAAUAGCCCAGGAAGUGCAUACCACACUUAACCAACCCUUGCUUUACGGAGACAGUUGGGAGCAGAUGAAUUUGUAAGUCUGAAAGUCAAAAGUACUUGUCUGGGAGUGCCCUUAAAUCACGAUACAAGUUUUUCAGCCCAAAGUAAUACUUAGGACGUGACAUCUUUUGUAAGAAUUUUAACUUACUCAGCUACUCAUAUGAUGUGAUUAUAAUAUGAUUGUCUUACCUUUUUGCCCAGAAGCAAACCAUUGUAGCAUAUCCUCAGUAAAAGUAUGCUAUACCCAAGUAAUUCCAAGUAAUGUUUUGUGGUGUAACAAAUAUGCAAAAGUGCUUCAGCUGCUGCUUUAUUUGUUCUUUCCCUCUGUGCUCCAGCUGUUCUUUAAAUAAAAGCUUAAGAAGGCC